AUGUUAGGAGCAGCCCACAAAUGCCCCCUCAAGACAGAAGGAACUCCCUUCAGCUACAGUCCAAUAAACACCUCCCCUCCACCUCCGGGUACUGUCAUCAACUCCAUCCCUAACAAAGACUACCUGAUAAACGCCACUCUGGGCAACAUGCUCUCUGAUGAUCUGCACGACAACUACAUGCCAGGUCUACUCUCUCUUAUCGACUCCAUUGACCGGCCCAUCUUAGUGCACCUCCGUGAUAGAAGAACUAUUAUUGGGUGUCUCAGUUCUAUAGACACGUACGGUAACAUCCUGCUGAGCAACACUGUUGAGAGGGUUUAUGCUAUGGACUUCCACGCGGAUAUUCCACGUGGAAUAUACCUUGUACGCGGAGAAAACGUAGCGAUUGCAGGAGAAGUAGACUUGACGGACGAAGAUCCGGAGAAGGCGCGUCCGCUGAAACAAGUGCUGGCAUACCAGGAGGCAGAGAAGUUGGGACGGGAGGAGAAGAAGAGAAGGAUCAGGCACAUGUCGUAUGAAGCAGGCGUUCUGUCGCUAGACGACACCUUAGAGGACGAUUUCUAUCAGUAGUUUGGGCUUUAAGAUCUUAGUUUUUAUAAGUUUUUUACUUUCUUGUAUUUUAUUAUUUGAUUGCAAAGUUUUAAAUUGCGAAUAUUUAUUUUAAAGUAUGGAAUAUGGAUAUUGUCGAGAUGGCGAAUACAUUUCAAUGCCAAAUAUUUGAUUAAAUAAGUUUUUAAAUUGUCGUUUUUACAAUUCAUACCUAGUUUGGGUAAUU